GUCUGUGAGAUGGCUGCUGACAGUUCCGAAUCCGGGGGCCAUGACUGCAAAGGAGACUCCAGGAGCAAUACCAAGUUAGAUGCCGAUUACCCCCUCCGGGUCCUUUACUGCGGAGCCUUCAUUUGAGACGGGAGAGAUGAACACAUUUUCCCCACCUGUGCGGGGCUUGUGCCUUGUUACCUGGCCCCCCGGCGAAGCGAACAGUCCUGUUGGAAGAGAGACAUGCAGAUAGACGGUUUCAGCCGGAUGUUACUGGCUAGUCUCGCUGUUAAAGGAGUGUGUUCAUUACCAACAGAGUACUGUGAAUAUAUGCCUGAUGUUGCUAAAUGUAGACAGUGGUUAGAGAAGAAUUUUCCAAAUGAGUUCGCAAAACUUACAGUAGAAAAUUCACCCAAACAAGAAGCUGGAAUUAGUGAGGGUCAAGGACCAGCAGGAGAAGAGGAAGAAAAGAAAAAACAAAAGAGAGGUGGAAGGGGUCAAAUAAAACAAAAAAAGAAGACUGUACCACAAAAGGUUACGAUAGCCAAAAUUCCCAGAGCAAAGAAGAAAUACGUAACAAGGGUGUGUGGCCUUGCAACUUUUGAAAUUGAUCUUAAAGAAGCACAAAGAUUUUUUGCUCAAAAAUUCUCCUGUGGUGCCUCAGUGACAGGGGAGGAUGAGAUCAUCAUUCAGGGAGACUUUACAGACGACAUCAUUGAUGUCAUUCAGGAAAAAUGGCCAGAGGUGGAUGAUGAUAGUAUUGAAGAUCUUGGAGAAGUGAAGAAGUGAUUUUGAGAAUUUGUCUGUAUUUAAUGGUCUGAACUGAGAGUUGGCCAAAGGGGGAGAGGCCUUUUGAAAAGAAAAAAUAUUUAUCCUACAGUAAAACUGUGGACUACCCUCGCCCUUGGCAUUUUCACUGUUCUGUACAAGGCUGCUUGUGUUUUGUUUUGUUUUUUUAUUGCCAAAGUCCUAUAAACAGGGGAGACUGUCAUGCUUAUGCAUGAAAUAGAAUUUAGUCAAAUAAAAAUUUUUGGUCACUUGG